AGGCAGGAGGCGGUGCUCGACGCCGCUCCUUCUGAGGGGAGAAGGGAGAGGCCGCCACCUCGGGCUUGUUGUCCCAAGAAGAAGCAGGCAGCGCAAUGCUCCGGCUGGGAAGAUUGGCCGCCUCGCUCUCCUCUGAGGGCCUCCUGGGUCCUCUGGGCAACCUCCUCAGGAGACCCCGCUCCGGAGGGAGGAAGCCUGAGGAGGUCUUAUUACGGGUUCAUGGAGAGGAGAACCGUGGCAUUGCAGAAAUUCUGAUGAACAGGCUACAUGCCAAAAAUUCCCUGGGGAAAGUGCUUGUGGAUGAAUUGUAUGAAACCCUUGAUGUUCUCCAUUUUGAUGACAGUAUCCGUGUGGUAAUAAUUAGGAGCAAUGUAAAAGAUGUUUUUUGUGCAGGUGCUGACUUAAAAGAGCGUGCUGCGAUGAGCAAUACUGAAACUGACCUUUUUGUUCAGAAGCUCAGGAGCCUAAUGGAUGGCAUUGCUGCACUACCAAUGCCUACCAUUGCUGCAAUUGAAGGUUAUGCAUUGGGUGGGGGUUUGGAGCUGGCGCUAGCUUGCGACCUCCGAAUAGCAGCAUCAUCAGCUAAAAUGGGCUUGAUUGAAACUACUAGAGGACUCUUUCCUGGUGCAGGUGGAACCCAGCGUCUGCCACGCUGUAUUGGAAUAAGCCUAGCUAAAGAACUUAUUUUCACUGGCAGGCAGAUUGAUGGGCAGGAGGCAUUGUCAAUAGGCCUAGUCAAUCAUAUGGUACCACAGAAUGAGGAAGGCGAUGCAGCUUACCAAAGAGCCCUGACUUUAGCCAAAGAGAUUGUUCCUCGGGCCCCGAUAGCUGUGAGAAUGGGUAAAGUGGCUAUAAACAAAGGGAUUGAGGUUGAUAUUGCCUCUGGAAUGGCUAUUGAACGAAUGUGUUAUGCGCAGAAUAUUCCUACCAAAGACCGUCAGGAAGGGAUGACUGCUUUCAUAGAGAAACGGCAACCCAAAUUCAUUGGGAAGUGAUGCGAUCUUGUCCUUGUGGCUGAAGACAACUCACAAAAGGCUGUGCCUUAAAAACACUUUUCUAUGUAAAA